CAAGGUUAGAUAUAUUACAAAAUGACAAGGUUUCCAACUUAUUACGAUUUACUUUUAAUGCUUUAUAUGUGCAUCUCGUCAGUGUUGCAACCGAUAAAAAACGAAUGAUGAUAAAUUCGGUGUUAAACUUUUUGAUACUGAAUUCGUACUUAUGCAUCGUAACCGUUAGUUUCUUACUCAAUAAUCCAGUUGUGGAUACAGAUUGUGGAGCGGUGGAAGGGAUUGGAACGUCGGUCUACGAAUUCAAAGGAAUCCCAUACGCCGAACCACCUCUGGGAAAUUUGAGAUGGAAGCCACCAGUUCCGAAAUCAAAGGACGCAAAGAACUGUUGGACAGGAAUAUUAAAAGCUAAUACGUUCGGCAAUUCCUGCUUCCAAAGGGGAAUAGUUAAUAAAUCUAUAAUCUUUGGAUCUGAGGAUUGUCUGUUCUUGAAUGUGUGGACUCCUACCACUGAUAGAAAUGCUAAACUUCAUGUCAUGGUUUGGAUCCACGGCGGAUUUUUAAACUAUCUGAACGGAAACUGGCCAGCCUACAGUCCCUCAGAAGGGCUCGUUAAGGCUACAAACAUUGUUUAUGUUAGUAUGAAUUAUAGACUAAAUGCUUUUGGUUUCAUGGCAUUGGAUUUACUAUCACAAAGGUCUCUUAAUCGAACAUCCGGGAACUACGGAUUCAUGGACCAAAUACUGGCUCUCCAAUGGGUACAAAGGAACAUACAUAAUUUUGGUGGGAAUAAAGAUUCUGUUACAGUGUUUGGACAGAGCUCUGGAGGUACAAGCAUCUAUGCUUUAUUGGCGUCACCGAUGGCAAAAGGACUCUUUAGUAAGGCCUGGAUGUUAAGUGGGUCUCCUGUUAUGAACAAGACUCUUGCUGAUGCGUCCAAAGAUAACUUGGUAUUUUUGAAAAACACCGGAUGUUCUGACAUUAACUGUUUGCUACAACUUCCGGCAGAUGACGUAUUAAAUGCCAUUCCAUGGGAUGUGUUUCCGUACUGGGAAAUGGCGGAUCAAAAUGAUCUACCAACGCGUAAUCUUUUUGAUGGAGCUCUGCCAGUUAUUGACGGUAGCGUUCUUCCAAUGGCCCCAAUAGAGGCUUGGAAACGAGGACAAAUGGUGGAUGUACCCGUUAUCAUUAGUACAACUGCUCAAGAAAUAGAUGAUAGCCCAACUCCUUCCGAUAUUGCUCAAUGGACUUGGCAAAAUUAUACACAGAGGGUAACAGAUAAACUAAGUAAAUUUCCGGAAGUAAACAUAUCUCGUGUGUUUGAACUGUAUCCAUCUGGUUUGGAAAGUCCACAAUAUCAGUACACAUCUAUGGCAUCAGACUUACGCGUAACGUGUCCAAAUAUUGAGUUAGCGCGUCAUAUGCAAACAUCAUUUGACUCUUCUAUCUACCAUUAUGUUUCAACAGCUCGACCUCAAGUCCCAUCUAAAAUUUUCGGGUUUCCGCACGAUGCUCGCUACGCAGCGCAUGCGUGGGAUGUGUUUGCAUUUUUCGGUACAGUAGAGCAUUAUUAUAAACCUACACAAACAGACAACGAUUUCAUACUAACAAUACGACGUGAAAUUGUCAACUUCGUGCAGACUGGAAGGCCAUUUUCCGACAGUUGGCAACCAUUCCCAAAUUCUACUGCUCUAAUGGACAGUAACUUAGGUGUAACCGAUUUCUACCACAAAGAGCAGUGCUUGUAUUGGUCAACAACAGGGUUAUAUUCAUACGCUUGGAUAAAUUAAAGAAUUGUAAAUGACGGCUUUUGUCAAAGGAAUUAUUACAUUGUUUUUUUUAUUUAUAGUUCAUUUUGUAAAUACAAAAACAAUAAAUGAAAUACUUGCA